AUUCCAUUUCCAUAUAAAUUCGUUGUCCUUUAUAAUACGAUUGCCGGCCAAGUUUCUUUCAUCUACACGCCAUUCUCUUUGAUCAUACACUCACCUCUUCGUUCUCUGCGUUUGAGCUUCGUCCGAAAAUGGAGGGUGAGAUUCUCAACUACGUCAAGGCAUGGCUUCAAGUCAUUCCGUCUCUGUCUUACUGCUUUCUCAUAGCCAAGCUUCUUCCUCCUUCUUCAUCCUCUCUCAGACUCUUCCUCCUACUGCCUGUCGUCUGUUUCUUCCUUUAUCUUCCUCUCAAUGUUCACUCUCUUCAUCUCGGAGGCACUUUCGCCUUCUUCAUUGCUUGGCUCGCCAACUUCAAGCUCUUUCUCUUGGCUUUCAACAAAGGCCCCCUCUCUCAUCCAUCUCUUUCUCUUCCACGCUUCAUCCUUCUUGCUUCUCUUCCCAUCAAGUUCCAUGACAAUCAGAACCAGAAAGGCCAAAAAUCUCCCAUCAAUUACGCCAUUAAAGCUCUUAUUCUUGCUGCCAUAGUGAGAUCUUACGAGUACAAAGAGCAUUUCCACCCCAAGUUGCUAUUAACUCUCUAUAGCUUUCACAUAUAUUUGACACUUGAGAUUAUUCUGGCUGUGUUUGCGACCAUGAGUCGAACACUGGUUGGGAUUGAGCUUGAACCACAAUUCAAUGAGCCUUAUCUGUCUUCGUCGCUCCAAGAUUUCUGGGGACGAAGAUGGAAUUUAAUGGCCACCGGAAUUCUACGGCCCACGGUAUACCGGCCCACGUACAGUGUGUUCGUACUUCUUAUGGGCCGUAAAUGGGCCUCGCUUCCGGCGGUGUUUGCUACUUUUUUUGUAUCAGGCUUAGUUCACGAGUUGAUGUUUUAUUAUCUGGGUCGAGCGAGGCCCACGUGGGAGAUCACGUGGUUCUUUGUCCUUCAUGGGCUCUGUUUGGUGGUGGAGAUAGGUUUGAAGAAGCAGCUUUCCGGCACGGUGUGGUUGCCGAGAAUGGUAUCGGGACCUUUCACCGUUGGGUUUGUGUUGAUCACGGCGUUUUGGUUGUUUUUCCCUCAGCUUCUGCGGUGCAACGCAGAUCAAAGAGUGCUUCAAGAGUACGCCGCCGUGAUUGCGUGUCUUGAGAAUGUCACUGUUUCUUAGUAAAUUAUUUUUAUUUUAGAUUAUUAGUUUUAUUUUAAAAACUUUUACCAUUCUUUUAGAGCCUGUUUGGUUUGAUUCCAUGAAAGAAGAUUAUAUGUAAUCCUAAUGUAAAAGCACAAUUUAGAUAUUUGGUUGGAUUUAUGUAAUAUAAAGGAUGACAUUUUGCAAUAUUAAUUAUAUCAAA